CACCCUCACGAUCACAAAUACUGGUAAAAAUGGCGGCCAACGUUUUGCGUCUUGCACUGCGGCUUCCUACCCGAAACAAGAUCUUAGUGAGACGUAACACCGGUAUGAAAUCGACAGAGAUAUCCAGGGUGACUCAAAUCCGAACGGCAGUAUCAUCGUCAUCGGGGGCAAUUUUACCAAAACCCGAUAAAACACCAUUUGGUCUUAUCCGCAUGACAGUAGUUGUUGUGCCUUUCCUGUACGUGGGAACAUUGAUCAGCAAGAACUUUGCGGCCCUUUUGGAGGAACACGACAUCUUUGUCCCUGAGGAUGACGAUGAUGAUGAUUGAUUUACAAAAAUGAGUGCUUUGAAAUGAUGACUGAAAGCAUAUCAAUCAGCAUGAGAAAGAUGCAGAGGAUGAGUUGAUUGACAUUCAAGCAUACCCCUCUACCUCCAUCCAUCUGGCUCCACACUUCUCUGCUACUUAUCAUGUUUUUUUGCGGGUUUUCUUUUUAGAAAUAAUUGUAAACUCUAAUACUAUGUGUAGCUACAACAUCAACUACUAGAUACACCAUCACUCCUGUUUCCAUUUGGUCAUCUAUCUAAAUAAAAUAAAUUACAUAUGGAUAAAAAA